AUGGCUCCACCAAAGGAUCAAACAGCGGUUGUUGUCAAGGAGAGCAACACCGUGACUCUUCAAUGUCCGUCUAUCUUCAAUGUUCAUAGGGUGUGGGAGGCAAUUGAUCCGGGAGUUAAUGGGGAUGCCAAGAAGAACAACAUAGCAAUUGCACUUUUGUUUAAAGACAUAACGGAGGAGAAAACUUUGUUAAUAGGGAAUCUCGGAACCGCAAAGGAGAUGUGGGAUGUUCUCAAAACCCGUCGUUUAGGUGCGGAUCGAAUUCGGGAGGCGAGAGUUCAAACUCUAAUGGGAGAGUUUGAAAAUCUAAAAAUGAAGGACCAAGAGGUGAUAGAAAACUUUGCUAAUAAGCUGUCCGCAUAUGCUUCUCGAGCCGCCUCACUUGGGUCGGUUAUGGAAGAAACAAAAUUGGUUGUAGACUUGAAGACCAUCGGUUAUGAUGAUGUUGUGGGCCGACUUAAAGCUUAUGAAGAAAGGAUCAAAGUUGAGGAGAUCCAACCCGAGCAAAAUCAGGUUUUGCUUGCAAAUUCUGAUGAAAAAACAAAAGAAAAAGAGCAUAGGUGUGAGCAUUGUGGUUGUGGAAACUCGAAUCGGGAAGACUAUGGGCGUGGCCGAGGUGGAGGUCGGGGGUCCGAGAAAGGUCGAGGAGAUGGUCGAGUACAACGGGACAAGAGCCACGUGAAGUGUUACAAGUGUAAUGAGAUCGGGCAUUACAUAUCAGAGUGUCCAAUGUGGAAGAAAAAGGAAGAACUCAACUUGAACUGUGCAGAAAUCGCAAGAAUGGCUCCACCAAAGGAUCAAACAACGGUUGUUGUCAAGGAGAGCAACACCGUGACUCUUCAAUGUCCGUCUAUCUUCAAUGUUCAUAGGGUGUGGGAGGCAAUUGAUCCGGGAGUUAAUGGGGAUGCCAAGAAGAACAACAUAGCAACUGCACUUUUGUUUAAAGCCAUAAUGGAGGAGAAAACUUUGUUAAUAGGGAAUCUCGGAACCGCAAAGGAGAUGUGGGAUGUUCUCAAAACCCGUCGUUUAGGUGUGGAUCGAAUUCGGGAGGCGAGAGUUCAAACUCUAAUGGGAGAGUUUGAAAAUCUAAAAAUGAAGGACCAAGAGGUGAUAGAAAACUUUGCUAAUAAGCUUUCCGCAUAUGCUUCUCGAGCCGCCUCACUUGGGUCGGUUAUGGAAGAAACAAAAUUGGUUAAGAUAUUUCUUAAUGGGUUGCCAAAAUGUUUCAUUCAUAUGGUGGCUUCUAUAGAACAGGUUGUAGACUUGAAGACCAUCGGUUAUGAUGAUGUUGUGGGCCGACUUAAAGCUUAUGAAGAAAGGAUCAAAGCUGAGGAGAUCCAACCCGAGCAAAAUCAGGUUUUGCUUGCAAAUUUUGAUGAAAAAACAAAAGAAAAAGAGCAUAGGUGUGAGUAUUGUGGUUGUGGAAACUCGAAUCGGGAAGACUAUGGGCGUGGCCGAGGUGGACGUCGGGGGGUCCGAGAAAGGUCGAGGAGAUGGUCGAGUACAACGGGACAAGAGCCACAUGAAGUGUUACAAGUGUAA